UUUUCAGUUGUACUUUUAUUAUUUUCACUUUGUAAUACUUAUGUCUUGAAAGUUGAUUUUGUAUUAAGAUUUUUAAUUUUUUUAAAUCGUAUCAUUUAUGUCCUUGUAUGUUAUUUUAUUUCUUUUUUAUUUCAAAAUACAUAAAUAAACCUUUAAAAAAUUUGGACUUAAUAUAUAACAAUACCAAAUAUGACAUUAAAAUAAAUAUAUAUUUUCAUAACAUUUUAAACAGGUCAAUACCGCUUUUGAUUUUUCUCUUUCUCAUCUUCUCAUUUUUCUAAAAUAAGCGUAGACUUGGAAAUGUAGCUUUACUUAAGUUUUUCUUAGUUCGAGUUUGCUAGCCGAUUAAUUUAUAUUUAAAAAUGUAUUACUUUUCAAUGUAUAUAAAUAAUUUUUAUAUGUAUUUUAUAUUUUUAACAUAUUAUUAUUAUUUUUUUAAUUGAAUAUAGUUUUUUUAUUUCCUUAUUAAUAUGUUUAAUAUUUAGUUUUUUUUUAAAAAAAAGCCCAACUUAAUUUUUUUGCCGAAGACUCUGAUUAGUAUUUUUUUUGGAUACAUUAGCAUAGCAAUUUGAACUCCUUCCCUAUCUUUUUAUGGAAAUAUUUUAAUGAAAUUUAUUUAAGCUGACAGAAAAAAGUCUCAAUAUAAACCUUAUACCUAUGGAAAGCAAAAAUAAGUGGCCUCUAAGAAAAUAAAUAUUAAACCUUUGAUGAUCACUUAAUUACAAGGCCUAUACAACGUGGUAAUAUUAAAAGCUGGGAGGUAUAAUAUAAUAUAUAUCAAUAUAAUGAGGAGGGUCAGAUACAACAUCCUCCCAAUAGUAUAGUCUUCAAUAUAAUUAUAAAAUAUAGUAAUGAAAUGAUUGUUUUUGAUCUUCCAAGAUUCGAUUAAUAUUUAAUUUGCAGGGUGUCAUGGUCUGAAAUAUGAAUAGCCAUCGACAACAAUAAUCAAACUCUAGAGAGUUUUUGCAUAACCAGAUCCAAUCUCUAUAGUCCUAUUAACUUAAUUUCAAAAGAGAAAGCAUGAAAGAAAGACUAUUGGCAAUGCCAGCGGUUGAGGAUGAUCCUGAUGAUUGUGGACGAAACGAUGGCAACUUUGCCACUCCCGUAGUUGUUCUCAGCACCAUGGUCGCCGUCUGUGGUGCUCUUGUCGAUGGCUGCACGGCUGGAUAUACCUCACCUGCUCAAUCUGGAAUCAUGGAAGACUUGGGGCUCUCUAUUGCAGAUUACUCAGCUUUUGGUUCAAUUGUGACAGUUGGAGGUCUGGUAGGUGGACUAAUAAACGGGACAUUGGCCGAUCUCAUAGGACGUAAAGCUACAAUGUGGUUCUCUGAAGUAUUAGUCACUGCAGGUUGGCUUUCUAUAGCAUUUGGAAAGAAUGCUUGGUGGCUGGACCUUGGAAGAUUGCUACUUGGCUUUGGAAAUGUUGUUAAUUUCUACACGAUACCUGUUUACAUAGCAGAAAUAUCCCCAAAAAGUAUUCGGGGAAGUCUUGGUUCUACAAACCAGUUUAUGAUUAGUUUUGGGAUUUCCUUGAUGUACUUCAUUGGGAAUGCUUUCAGCUGGCGCAUCUUGGCUAUCAUUGGUGUCAUUCCAUCUAUAUUGCACAUUUUAGGAUUGUUCUUUGUACCUGAGUCUCCAAGGUGGCUGGCAAAAGUUGGAAAACACAAAGAGCUUGAAGCUGCAUUACAGAGCCUUAGGGGAAAAAAUGCUGAUAUCUCUGAAGAAGCAGCUGAAAUUAUAGAAUUCACAGCAACUUAUCAGCAAGACUCAGAAAGGAUUCUAGAUUUAUUCCAUUGGAGAUUUGCUCAUCCACUCAUUGUUGGUGUUGGGCUUGUGGUACUGCAACAAUUAGGGGGGAACGGUGCAAUUGUUUUAUACUCUGGCUCUAUUUUCUCGAAUGCUGGCUUUUCAAGUAGUGUAGGAACUAUAUCAAUGGCUAUUAUCCAGUUGCCUGCUGUUGCAUUGAGUGUUCUCGUGACUGAUAAAUGGGGAAGACGACCGCUUCUAAUGAUUUCUGCAGCUGGAACAUGCUUGAGUUCCCUUCUUCUUGCCAUGUCAUUCUUAUUAAUGGACUUCCAGAGCUUGCAGCACAUCAUUCCUAUAUUGGCAUAUAUUGCAUUACUGGGUUAUAGUGUAGCAUUUGUAAUGGGCAUGUCUGGAUUACCCUGGGUUAUAAUGUCAGAGAUAUUUCCUAUGAACGUUAAGGGUUCAGCUGGAAGCCUCAUGACAUUGACAACUUGCUUAUGCUCUUUGAUGGUUACUUAUGUUUUUAAUUUUUCAAUGGAGUGGAGCUCCUUAGGAACCUUUUUCAUAUUUGGCGCCAUAUGCGGCUUAACUGUUCUAUUCGUUGCAAAGGUUGUACCAGAGACUAAAGGGCGAACUUUAGAAGAGAUACAAGCUUCAAUCACACACUCUAUUCCAUAAUGCAGAAACAUAGAAGUUGUUUCUGGUUUGCAUGUUUUAUGUGGUUUGACUCUAGUGGGCAUACAAAAUUGAAGAAUUUAAAGGUUUCCAGCUAGAAGAAAAGCCAAAUAAUCUCAUUGGUGAUUGGAAUAAAUGUAAAAUAAAGCUGUCAUAGACUCAUAAUUAUUUAUUCUAGUUGCUGUAUUGCGUUGCUGUAUUUGCAGUAUUGUAACUAGAAUAUGUUUGAUUUAUUGUAUAUCUUUGUCAGUCCUUAAGAA